AUGGCAAGCUCGACGCCAGGCCAGAGGUCUGGCGACGGACCCUACCGUUCCUCGCACUCCCGCUCCGAUAGCUCCUUUCAAAGACCUAGCCAUACCAUUACGCCGAGGGCCAGGCGAGGCUCGAAUGCUAGCUCCAUUCAGUCCACCACGACCGGGUCCAUUGGCGGUCUGCUAGACCCGAGCUCCGGGACCUGGGGACACAACACGCUCCUCGAGAUUGGACAAAAUGGCCCAUGUAGUUCCGCCGGCGUGGAGCGCACACAAACCCCGACGCCCAAGGACAUACCUCCGGUGCCUUUGACAAACAUUGAGAAGGUCGACCCGAGCGAGUUCAGUUCAUACCUCAACCAGAUGGGCGCGCUCUACGAGCAACUUCAGCGAGCCAGAGAAACCGAAGAUGACGGACAGGGUGGUCGAAAGGGCUCCAGGCCCGACGAUGAGGCGCCUGGGCUCGAUCGAAUCCAGCGCCACGGGGCGGCGGGGUCGAGCCGAAAACACGGCCACGGGCCGCCUCCUCUAUCGACAAUCCCUACCGUGUACUUUGAAGAGUCGUUCCAUCUUGAGAACCCGCGGACGUUUGAUGUGGUUAGCGAGAGGUCCGAAGUUGUGCCCCAGGCGCCUGCAGCCUCGGAUGAGGACGGCGCGGGCCCGGCGCCUCGAAAAGCGUUGGCGACCAACGCCAUCCUGCAAGAGAAGCUCUCCUGGUACAUGGAUACGGUGGAAAUGCACCUGAUCAACUCGAUAUCCACAGCAUCUACCACCUUUUUCACGGCACUCGGCUCACUGAGGGAACUACACUCGGAGGCGGCCGACUCGGUGGAACGGAUCAAAACACUCCGCAAAGACUUGGUCGCUCUCGACGAAGAGGUGGUGGCCAAGGGUCUGGAGCUGACAGAGAAGCGGCAGAAGCAUAGGAACUUGCAGCAGCUGCGCGACGCCCUCAUCCAGCUCAAGUUUGUUGUGGAUGGUGUUAUUCGGUGCGAGGCGCUGGUAGAGAAGGGCGACGUCGACACAGCACUGACCGAGAUUGGCGGCCUUGAGAGGCUCAUUAAGGGCGAGUUGGAUGACUCGGUUCCGUCGAUCAAGGACUCGCCAGUAGCGCAUAUUCAAUUGCGUGACCUGAGCGGUGCCACGGCGCUGCGAGGCGUGCCUGGUGACCUCGACACGCUACGGCUCAGGAUCGGCAAGGUGUUUGGCCAGAAGCUGCAAGAGAUACUGCUGGGCGACCUUCGCAACCACGUGGAAACGGUAUCCAUCCGCGAGGUGCUGCAGAGGUGGGGCAGCGCGGCGAUGCGGGCACGUGGCGGGCACGUCAAGGAGCCGUCGGUCUUUCCCACGUACCUGGGGUCGACGGAAAAGCUACGCGCCGCCCUCUUACCGAAUAUCGUGGGACUACACCGGGCGAAUCACGUGUCCACGGCUAUCUCAGGCUAUCGCGAGUCGGUGAUGCGGGAGAUCCGCCAGCUCGUGCGAAGGCCGCUCCCCAGCUCAACGGACGACGAUGCGGAUUCGAUGAUGUCGGCGUCGACGAUGAGCGGAGGCCGUAGCCGCAGCUCACAGGAAAGGUCGGCAGUUUUGGCACGCAAUCUGAGGGCGCUAGACCCUGGGGACAGCGAGGAGCUCCUGGCCACGGUGUAUGUGGGGGUGGCGGAAACGCUGAGGAGGGUGACGACGCAGACCAAGGUCCUCCUCGACGUCGCCAGCGAGGUAGGCGACCCGCAGGCGGGAGCGGGAGGAAGCGGCGCCCGAUCUCCGAUAGCGCCGCGGUCGCCGAUAGCCAGUCCCAAAGUGGGGCGUAUUCAGCAGGACCUGUCUGGUUUCGAGAUCCAGGAAGAACUACACAAGGCGCUGGACCUGGGCAACCUUCUAGGGCAGGCGGUGGAUCUCAGCCACGACAAGAUUAUCCGGAUCCUGCGCGUACGGACGGAGCAAAGCGUGGGUCUGGAACUUCCGUGGUUCCUACGAUAUUUUACGCUCAACCUAUUUUUCGCGACCGAGUGCGAAUCCGUAUCCGGGCGCAGCGGCACAGCGCUCAAGACGCUGGUCAACAACCAAAUUCUCGACUUUGUCAGGGCGCAUGGCGACCGGGAGAUGCAGGCGCUCGCGACAGGCAUGGGCUCGGACAACUGGAACGCCAAGGACUUUGGCGAGCGGGAGGCGGCGAUGCUGGACGAGAUUCUGGGGUCUAGCACGCGCGACCCACCGUCGUUUGGCAAGCCCAGCCGGAUAUGGCUGCCGCCAACGGUGGACGAGCCGGCUAUCAAUGGUGAUGGGGUCGGGUCCGGGGCGACGGCAGGUGAGAACGGUACGGCCGCUGCUACAAGCAAGGAAAAGGCUCGUGGGGCAACGAUUGACGACGAGACGUAUCUCCUACCUAAUUCGGGUGUGCUCUGCCUCGAGGGCAUCUCGCGGUUCGUCCGGCUCAUGUGCGGAAUCCCGUCGAUGACGGCGGACGUGGCAAGUUCCUUGGUGGCGUACCUGCAAAUGUUCAACUCGCGGUGCACGCAACUGAUCCUGGGCGCCGGGGCCACCAAGUCGGCGGGGCUCAAGAACAUCACGACCAAGCACCUAGCGCUCGCGUCGCAGGCUCUGGCGUUUUUAGCGGCGCUCAUACCACACAUGCGCGAAUUUGUGCGGCGGCACGCCGGAACGGGGCCCACGUCCUCGGGCGGCGGAGGAGGCGGGGCCGGGAACGGGGCAGCGAGCCUCAUGGGCGAGUUUGACAAGGUGCGGCGGCAGCUGCAAGAACACCAGGACGGCAUUUACCAGAAGCUCGUGGACAUUAUGAGCGGGCGGGCGCUGGCGCACUGCAAGUCGAUGAGGGCGGUGACGGACUGGGACACCGGGACGGGGACGGGGACGCACGCGUACGCGGAGACGCUCGCCAAGGAGACGGCGACGCUACAUCGGGUGCUGACGAAACACUUGCCCGAACGGUCGAUCCAGAUGAUUAUGGUGCCGGUGUUUACGAGCUACAAGGAGCAGUUUGGCAAGGCGUUCCAGGCGGCGGACCCGCAGACUGAGGCGGGUCGGGCAAGUAUGCUUCGUGACAUUGAUCUGCUUGCUACAAAGCUGAGCAAGAUUGACGGGUUCGGAGACCUGGAUACGUACCUCACCAAGAUUGUCAACAACAAGGACAUCAAGGAGGCCAAGCCGGAACCCAAGGUAGACCCCAAGGUAGAACCCAAGUCGUCGCAGGGAGACAAGGAAACGGAGGAUAAGGGGGCCGCGGCGGUUGAGGAGAAGGCUGAGGACGGGGAGAAGAAAUAG